AUGACGUGGUUGAGCUGCAUCUCUUCUCGAACCCGUCACGCUCGGCCUCGAUGGUCUGUAGAAGAGCUGUACCACUUUGAUAAACUCUCGGCUGGGAAACAGGCCAUCUUUGACGAGAUAGGUGUGGCUCUUGAGGUCCAGGUCGAGAAGGCUAUGGAGUUUUCUGUCCAGAUCGUGGUGUAA